GGCCCCGCUGCGUCUUCCCAGCCGCAGGCGCAGGCCCAGCCGAGCGGCCGCCGAGCGGGAGCGGGUGCGGGUGCGGGUGCGGGCGCACCGGCCAUCACCGCGCGGCCGCGCAGCGGACACCGUGCUCACCGGCCUGCGGCGCCCCGCCACCGGGGCGGACCGCCGAACCCGAGGCCAUGUCCCAUGAAAAGAGUUUUUUGGUGUCUGGGGACAACUAUCCUCCCCCCAACCCUGGAUAUCCAGGGGGGCCCCAGCCACCCAUGCCCCCCUAUGCUCAGCCUCCCUACCCUGGGGCCCCUUACCCGCAGCCCCCUUUCCAGCCCUCACCCUACGGUCAGCCAGGGUACCCCCAUGGCCCCAGCCCCUACCCCCAAGGGGGCUACCCACAGGGCCCCUACCCCCAAGGGGCCUACCCACAGGGCCCCUACCCACAAGAGGGCUACCCACAGGGCCCCUACCCCCAAGGGGGCUACCCCCAGGGGCCAUAUCCCCAGAGCCCCUUUCCCCCCAACCCCUAUGGACAGCCACAGGCCUUCCCAGGACAAGACCCUGACUCACCCCAGCAUGGAAACUACCAGGAGGAGGGUCCCCCAUCCUACUAUGACAACCAGGACUUCCCUGCCACCGACUGGGAUGACAAGAGCAUCCGACAGGCCUUCAUCCGCAAGGUGUUCCUGGUGCUGACCCUGCAGCUGUCGGUGACCCUGUCCACGGUGUCUGUGUUCACUUUUGUUGGGGAGGUGAAGGGCUUUGUCCGGGAGAACGUCUGGACCUACUAUGUCUCCUAUGCUGUCUUCUUCAUCUCCCUCAUCGUCCUCAGCUGUUGUGGGGACUUCCGGCGAAAGCACCCCUGGAACCUUGUUGCACUGUCGGUCCUGACCGCCAGCCUGUCGUACAUGGUGGGGAUGAUCGCCAGCUUCUACAACACCGAGGCAGUCAUCAUGGCCGUGGGCAUCACCACAGCCGUCUGCUUCACGGUCGUCAUCUUCUCCAUGCAGGUGAGGGGCCUCCCAUGGCUGGGCUGUGGCCGCAGGGGCCGAGCAGCUUUCCCAGGCCCAGCCCCAUGGCCCGUUCCUCCCCCGCCUGCAGACCCGCUACGACUUCACCUCGUGCAUGGGUGUGCUCCUGGUGAGCAUGGUGGUGCUCUUCAUCUUCGCCAUCCUCUGCAUCUUCAUCCGGAACCGCAUCCUGGAGAUUGUGUACGCCUCGCUGGGCGCUCUGCUCUUCACCUGCUUCCUGGCAGUGGACACCCAGCUGCUGUUGGGGAACAAGCAGCUGUCCCUGAGCCCGGAAGAGUACGUGUUUGCCGCGCUGAACCUGUACACAGACAUCAUCAACAUCUUCCUGUACAUCCUCACCAUCAUUGGCCGCGCCAAGGAGUAGCCCAGCUCCAGCUCUCUGUGCCCGCUCAGGUGGCAUGGCUGGCCUGGACCCUGCCCCUGGCACGGCAGUGCCAGCUGUCCUUCCCCUCUCUCUUGUCCCCAGGCACAGCCUGGGGCAGAGGACGCCCCUCUCCAACCCUCCCAUAUGUACACUGCAGAUACUUCUGUUUGGACCCCCUGUGGCCACAGCAUGGCCCCUUUAGUCCUCCCGCCCCGCCAAGGGGCAACAAGGCCACGUUUCUGUGCCACCUCCUGUCUACUCAUUGUUGCAUGAGCCCUGUCUGCCAGCCCACCCCAGGGACUGGGGGCAGCACCAGGUCCCGGGGAGAGGGAUUGAGCCAAGAGGUGAGGGUGCACGUCUUCCCUCCUGUCCCAGCUCCCCAGCCUGGCGUAGAGCACCCCUCCCCCCCACCCUGGAGUGCUGCCCUCUGGGGACAUGCGGAGUGGGGUCUUAUCCCUGUGCUGAGCCCUGAGGGCAGAGAGGACGGCAUGUUUCAGGGGAGGGGGCAGCCUUCCUCUCAAUCUGCUGUCAGUGAAAUUCCAAUAAAUGGGAUUUGCUCUCUGCCUUCCCUUGGUCACUCUUCUCCCUGCCACUUUCAACAUGAAGUCGGGAGGGGCUCCAGGCCUUCCCUGCUGAUGGGGACACAGGACCAGAAAUGAAAGUGGAGGUUAACA